AUUUUACCAUCAUACCCUAUAUUUGUUCUUGAGUAUUAUAAAAACAAUACGCAGUCACUACUAAUACUAUUGACACGCGUAAUAUGCUUGUUAUUCUUUGUUAUAAUUUUACUUUAUGAGUAUGAAAUACUUAAUUUUGUGCCUUUAGAAUCGAUAUAAUUGUUAUGUUAUAUUAAAGAGGAAAUAGUUUUCAAAACUAUAUUCGUAUUCCAACGUGAUUCAUUCAUUCUUUCCGGUAUUAAUUUUCGAUAAAAAAAAAUAUCGACUUAGUCAUGCACUACUGUCAAGAGAACCCUCCCCUCGCCCCGCAAAACAUGGUCGAUGCCAUUGUAUGUACUGGCGUAUAGAUAGACCAACAAAGCGAGCGAGGGAGAAGAAAAUCCCUUACGGAAAUUUGGCAAGAUAGAAAAGGAUAGCGAAUACAAUGAAACUGUGACUGGUUUAACUGGUUUUGAAUGACAGAUCAUCACAAGCCGGCACACGCGGAGAAUCAACUCCUUAGUAUUUUGGAUUUUUUACAUUCCCUCUAGAUACUAUACUAAGAGGAAAAUGGUUGAGAUUAACUGGGCGCGUUGGUUGGAAUCCAACGAAGAACUCUGCCAUUUGCAGCAAACAUUUCCCGGACAAAUAUAAAAGAAAAAGACGAAUAAAUACAGUUUUAGCUAAAGGAGCCAUUCCAACUUUAUUUGUACCAGGACAUAUUUAAAGAGAGAAUUCCGUCAUCGUAUAUUUGUGGCAGGCAUUUUGGAAGAUCUCGCCGUUUACAUACGGCGUCGUCAGUUUACAAACGCUCGAUGUUUUGUAAUAUGCCGAAGGCAAAAUGUAUAUUGCCGUGUCAUUUUAUAGUAUGCCACAACAUUUCAUUGACAAUCCAUACGCCGUUUAUACAUAAUGCCGCGGCAAAUUGAAGAAUUUAGUUCUGGUUCUUACCACGCGCGGCGCUGUUGAUCACAACAACAAAAAUUGCGUCAAGUAGUGGAUCUGUGACUCAAAAAAUACUCAAAACAGUGCAAAUAUUACGAGUGUAGAAGCAUUUUCACCAAAUAAUUGUGACUUUUAAGUUAUUUAUUAGAGUGCAGGAGCAGUAAAAAGGCCGUAGACAAACCACAAAGUUUUUCAGGUUAUCCCGCACCUAAAAACUACUACGUUAUCCAUAGAUCCCCGUGUACGGAGGACACAUGCAGGAUAUUAAUUAAGAGCUUCAUAAAUUGUUUAGUAAAGGGUUUAGCGUUUUCCUAACUUUAGUGCAUUCGGGCACCAGUGUUUGUUUUUUUCUGGAAAUGCUUAGUUUUAUUGUUCUGUAUAAAUGACUACGUUUUUUAUUUAAAUGUAGCGUUUGUAAACUGACGACGCCGUAUGUAAACGGCGAGAUCUUACAAAUGGGGACUACCGUUUUUUUGCUCACCAGUUGGCGCCACUGUCGACUGAGGUCAAGAGGGGUGAGAGCUGUCAAAAUUAUCAAAGGCGACUUUAAGAAAUCGGCGCGAAAUAUAGUUUUUAAAUUUCAUAAACUUAUAAAUUAUAAAUACCUAACUAACUAUUUUCAUAUUGUUACUAUGCCACAAUGUUGUGCAGUUCCGUUAUGUUCGGAAAGAAAAGGAGGACACAUGUUUCCAAGGGAUAAAACUGUGCUAGAACAGUGGCUUGUGGCGAUUCGCAGGAAAAAUUAUUGUCCGACAAAACAUUCUCGUGUUUGUAAAAAACAUUUUAACCCCGAGGAUUAUGUGUUACCCAAAGAAUCAUAUACAGAAAAUCCUAUUCCUAGACUAAAGCCAAAAGUUGUACCUAGUAAAUUUUCUUGGAACCAAGAAAGUGAAGAGAGAAAGGAAAUGAAAAGACAAGGUGCAGAAAGAGCUCACCAACGUCAACAAAAGAAACUGGAAAAUGCUACACUUUCUUCAAAUAUAGAGGAAACCCAACAUCAACAUGAAGAACAUUUUGCCUCAUUGGGAUCGCAACGUGUGGUCAAGGAGGAUACGACUUUACCAGAUACAUCGCCCCGAGUUCUUCCUGUUCCCGUGUCACAAAAGGCAGAAGCAGCAGGCAGCCUUGUCUACAAUGCCAAAGUUCCGGCGACGUCCGCGGGUCUGCGCUGCGCGGAGUGUGGCGGCGCCGUCGCGGGCCGCGUGUUCGCGUGCGUGCAGUGCGCAGGCGCGGGCCUGUGCGCGGCGUGCGGGGGGGGCGCGGGGGGCCGCCACCGCCGCCACGCCGUGCUGCGCCUGCCCUCGCGGCGCAUCUACAACAAAGUGCGAGAUCUCUUCGAGUCGCUGCAAAAAGAAUUCGCUAAAUUAGGACUUGAUGAUGCGUCUGAUGACGAAAGCUUGAAUAGUGACGACGAUGAAGUACCCAUCGGUAAUGAUGAUGAUGAUGAAGAGGAAAGCAAAGACUGGGAACAAUCCCUGACUGUUCCAGUUACUUCUUCUCCUAGUCGUAAACGAAAGCGCAAAACCAAAAGUUAUGCUUCUACUGCACCUAAGGAUAAAUAUUCCAAUAUAAUGGAUGACACUGAUAUCGAUGAACCACUCGUACUUGUCAAGCAACCUCCACUAGACGAUAAUCCGGAUCCGUUAUCGGAAGUAAAAAUUGAACCAGAUGAACCGCCAGAAGAAACAGCUGCGGGUGUCAUAACAGAAGACUCAGUAGUAAAAUCCGGCAUCAUAUCAGAAGUUCCAACAACAGUGCAAACAAACAAAGGGAUAAAAGAUAGCAAAAAAGAUUCAGUUAAGACCAAGAGAAGAAGUGGAUUGAAUAAAGUUACUAUGGACAGUCACUUAACCACUUUCAAAAAGGCGGAGAUAAUUGUAUUAUAUAAACAAAAUAUUGCAAUUAGUGAAAUCGCAAGACGUUUAAUGAUAUCCAGGAGAACUGUUCAAUUAUGGGUUCACCGAUACAGAGAUUCGGGACAUGUAGACAGUAGUCGUCGUGGCCGCAAACCUACUGCUACCUAUACGGAUGCAUCACCACGCCACCGAGAAAUCGUAGCAGCACAUAGCGCUGAUCCGUUCUGCAGCACCCGUUCUACGGCCACAGCACAUAAUAUAUCCCUACAAACCGUACGGGUUCACUUGCGCGCUGCUGGGAUGAGGUGUCGGAAGGUGGCGAAGAAAAUUGUCUAACCGAUCCUCACACUCAGGGCCCAGCAUCGUCGAAACAGUGUGCGUUUUGCGACUGACUAUUUAAACUUUGAUUGGUGCAACAAUGUUGUGAUAUUUAGUGAUGAAAAGUCUUUUAAGUCAGACAAGGAUGGACGUAAGAUAUCAUGGCGAUAUUAUCUAUAUUACUUAUAGUAAUUUUUCUUUUUCCAUUUGUAUAAAAUUUUAGUAAUUUUGUUAAAUAAUUAAAUUAAUUAUUAAUAAUUAUGGGUAAGCCAAUGUGUUAAUGAUGUUAUUGUUACUGAGGAUAGAAGAAGUUAUCUUAUUUCUAGCUAAUUAACAUGUUGAUUCAUAUAACUAAUGACUUGCCUAUUUACUGUAGUAAAACGGCCAGUCCAUCCUUGUCUGAUGUUUAUUAUGGUUUAAAACCUGAAAUUGAAAAUUGUGCGUAUGAAUAUAAACUAGAAUAGAAUAAAAUAAAUAAAAAAGAACAAAUUUAUCUUC